CCUAAUGCGUGUUAACGCUUGUGCUUUGUAGCUGUUAAUUCACAACGUAAGCGCGAUCGAUCUUUAAGAAGCGUGCAGAAUCCUGACGUGCGUUUAGGGGUAGUUCCCGCAGCAAAACAACGCCAUUGACAAAUAGAACAACUUCGCAUAUGACUUGGUCAGAUGAAGUUCACAAGAACCGCCUUCAGGCGGCCAUCGCUCGGGCCACGGCAGAGCGCAAAUUACGCAAACGCGGUUUGCCCAUCCCUGUGAUGGAGACGGGUAGUGCGGGCCCCGUUCUAGCAAUGGCGGCACUUGCAUCGGGCAUCGUAGCUUGGCAACGAUGGGGCGCUCCAUUGCGCGCAGCCCUAGCACGGAACCCGCUUGUGGAGCAGUUCCGUACGCUCGUGCUGGGGGGUCCACCCACAACGACACGGCAGCUGGCGUCAAGUAAGGCCAGUGGCAAGGCUGGGCCUCGAAAGCCGGCUGUGGUGACGCCAACCCCCGCCCAAGCAGCAGCGGCAGCGGUGGAAGCACGAAUGGCAGCAUCAUCAUCAUCCUCAUCGGCGGCAGCGGCGACGUCUAGGGAGCAGAGCUCCCCACCCCGCUACGUGCCGCCCGUCCCAACCCGGCCGGCACAGACAUACCCGCAACCCCAGGCCAGCACCAGCGCUGCUAGCCCGCCACCACCCGCACCCUCAGCGGGGCCGCAGGGGCGCGCGGGGGCAGCGGGCGGCAGCGGGGGGCAGAGUCGCAAGAAGAAGGGCGGCAAGAAGCGGCGAUGAGGGAGGCGGGAGGGGGGGCGUGAUGGGUGGGGUGGUGUUGGCUGGAGUGCUUGAGGAGUGGGGUAUAACGGUGCGGACUGUGGAGUGGAGAUCCGUGGGAGGAUGGUGGGAUGUGGGAUUGGCGGAACAGGAUUGGGAGGCGCUUGGGUUGUGCGCAGGGCUUGGCAGGCGGCCGUCGUUGUUCGACUAUAGGCAGGUUCGGUAGGGUUGCUGGCAGAUGCGCUUUCCGCAUGCUCUUGUUUCCUGCGCAAUGGAAGGAUGGUGCAUGUUAGCAGGCUGUGGGCAGCAGCUUUGAAGCGAAGGAACCAGGAGAGGGGCUUACGGGCUGCGGCCGACAGCGGCCACCCCUCCUCCUCGGCACGUGGGGUGCAAGCUGUGCAAGGGGCCGGUUGCUGGGUGACAUGAGAAGAUAAAGAUAUACGCCUUGAGAGAAAGGGAUAGAAAUGAACGCGCGGAGAAGUGUGUCGCUUCUUGCCGUCGUGUGCAUGGAAGAAAGGGGCAUGCCUGUGUGUCGGCAGGUGUUUUGCAGGUGUGCAACCUCCUACUGUUAAGAGAGCAGGUAUUGAGGGGCUUAUUUGAAUGGCCGUUACGAUGGUCCGCAUCCCGGUG